AUGGAACCCAGUUAUGCUUUGGUGGACAAGUGCGCCAGCAUGAGGGAGACAGGGUCGCUUCUAUGGAUCCACCCUUCACAAUGCACAAAACGGGAACAAGAGGUACAGCAAACUUUGAAGGAAAAAUCUCAAGUGCUGAAGAUUGAGAACAUGACACUGAAAAUGGCCGCGGACACUGAGACCUUUGAAGCUGACCAUGGAACGGAAUUGAAACUUAUGUGGUGUUUUCAGCGACGUGGAUUGGCAUUUGACCAGGCAGCUCUGAUUUCUUGGGACAAGCAUGAGAGUUGGGUAUCAGCCAUGUUUCAGGCUUACUCGGCAGAGCCACCGCCUUCAUUUGCGAAGGUGACCAUGCCUCAAUUGUUGCGAGGCGACAAGGAGUUGUUUACGAUUCUAGCAAGGGAAGUGGAAUCCAUCCAGCCCGAUGGUGUGGGAAACCGACCGCUGGAUGACCAAAGUACAAAGUUGAAGACGGACCCAAGGGUGACCAUGCACGUGCUGCCAUUGCCUACAAAGGCGCACUCGGUGGAGGCCUCCAACGCUAGCAAACCAGACGCUGGCAAACCAAAGGCAAAAAUUAGACCGGGCAAAAGGGCUCGAGCAACAACGGAGGUAAAGAUGCCGGAUGAGUUGAAGGGCGGUCAUUCAAAGACAAGUGACAACAAACCAAUUUGUUGGGCCUUCAACAUGAAAGAUGGAUGUUCAGCAAAGACCUAUGGAAACCCUGAUGAGGGCUCGCACGAAACAGCAGAGCACAGUGCGGAGGCGUGGACAGUGAACCGCAAACUCAUGCAUGGGGGUGACUUUCGGGUUUGCGAUAGUGUGUUGAAGGAUGAGUGCAGCUCUCAGAAGAGAAACUGCAUUUGCAUAAAUGGUUUCGCUGGCGAUUUCGAGGCACUUGAAAAGGUGGGUGAGAUUCGCUCAAUAGGGAUUCCAAGGGAACCAGAAGAUUUUGUAGUUCGUGCAGUAGCUGCAGACCACCAAAGGAACUUGUUUGCAGAAGAUUGGCCAGCGCGUGACCCUUAUGUUAUGGAGAACGCCUUUAUCCGGAAUUGGCUCAAAAGAGCAAGUGAGUUGGCCAGCAAGGAGAAAGACUUGCACCACUCUUUGGACCCAGAAGUAGCAAGGGCCCAAAAGGGCAAGAGGUUUCUGGUGAUUGAGGAGAUCCUGAAUGACAUUGGUUUUCCUGAUCGACACCUGGCCAAAGAUAUUUGGGCGGUUUUCCUCAUCGUAGGCUGGUUGCGUGACUCAAUAUUUUUUCCUCAUAGAUCGAAACCACCCCAGUACUCUGUGGAUGCGCUCCUGCGUUUUUUGAAGGGCCUCUGCAGGAGCAUCUUCGAAUCGGUUAACCCUGAAGAAGCUAGUGACGCACCAGUUGGCGCCUGGGAAGGCACAAUCAAAGAAAUGGUGGAAGGGUGGUUGGUCGAGGACAAAAAUCCAGACCUGGACCAGCUCAUGGUUGCCAGGCGUUUUGGCCUGAUGCAGAAAUCGAAGGUACGAGUCGACGAUGACUUCAAGCAAUGUGGAGUCAAUGGUUCAACAGGCCUCCCAGGAAAAUACGUGCUGCCCUCCAUUGAAGCCAUUGCGGCCACUUUGGUCCGAGCGUUAUCAGUGGGGUUGCCUCAGGGCGGAACUUUGGGUGGCACCAUUCUUUAUUUGGUGGCGGCUUACAAGCAAUGUGCAAUCCACCCCAAAGACCGUGAAAGAGUCCACAUUUGUGUGAAGGAUGUAGAACAAGGCGUGGCCAAAGUGUACAAGAUCGGUGCACUCCCCUUCGGAGCUGUGAGAAGCGUUGCUGGCUUCCUUCGCACAUCGGCGACCUUGGCCUGCGUUAGACAGGUAUGCCUGGGAUUUUGGUGGUCGAAUUUCUUCGACUACUUCCCUACUCUGUCCACCUUUUCGAUGGUGACCCAAUGCAAAGCUCAGGUGAGUGUGAUCAGCAAGAGGGCCACCCCUUGCUCUUUGGAUGGUAGCUUGGCCACGCAGCUCUAUCUACCCUUGCAGUUUCCCAAAGAGCCUGUUUCCGUUUCAAAGCCAGUGGAGUUGACCAAGUCAGCCGGAAAAGCCUACUACAUUUUCACCGACGGUGCGGUCGAAUCCACGGCAGAGGGGUCGCAAAUCGUGGCCUCAGUUGGGGGCAUCUUAUACAACAGCGAUGGCGAGGCCGAAGCCUUCUUCAGCAAGCGGGUCCCACAGCUGAUUUUGGACCUGUUCCUCCAGCAUUCCAGCCACCCUAUUUUCGAGGUUGAACUUCUGGCAGUGCUGGAGCGCUUUGAUGAAAACCCACUUCAGCGCUUUUGUUUGGCAAUGUUCUCACCACUCGUUUUACACGGCUUGAACCUGAACACUGUUUAA